AACCAUCCGAUUCUACAACAUUCGUUCAGUCAGUCAGCCAGCAAAGCCAGAGAAGAGUGGAAAAGUUUAGCCCCAGCAGCGCCUUUAUUGGAAUUAAAGAGGAAAAAUUAUAGUCCACAAAAGGAAUUUUGUCGACCGUGCAAGUCCGGGUGUCAAUCGUACGCGUUUCCGCGAGUGCGUCUUUACAGAAGUGAUAAGGGUGAAAAAAGGGCGGCGUGCAAAUUUGCGUGAAUUGAAGGAAAAGUUGGGCGUGAAGAAAGCGAGGAAAAGUUCGCUUUAGGAAGAAGCAGUGUCCGCAGUGCUAGAGAAAGGGUGUGGAAGUUAUAUUAUUUUUUUCGCUUGUCUGCGGCCGAAAUUUGAGCGGAGGAGCUUGCGAGGUGACGACUGAGCUUGAUCAAGAGCACAGUCAGUAAAGCAAGUAACGAAGGAAGGGAAAUUUCAGUCGAGUCAAGCAGAGCGCAGAAAAGAAACAGUUUCGUCCCAUUCCGAGUACCGAAAGCGAGCGCAGCAGGAAACGCUCUUCAAAAUGGUUAUCAAAGUGUAUAUCAGCGGAAUGUCCGGAAGCAAGGAGGUGAAAAAGCGACAGCAGCGGGUGUCUAUGAUCCUGGACAGUAAACACAUCACCUACACGAUCAUCGAUAUAACAGAGCCGGGCCAGGAGGCGGAGAAGGACUUUAUGCAGAAAAACGCAGAGCACAACGGAGCGACGAUCAGCGAUCAGAACCCGCGGCAUGCGCUUCCCCCGCAGAUGUUCAACGACGCCGAGUACUGCGGGGACUACGACGACUUCGACCUGGCCAACGAGGUGGACAAUCUGGAAGUGUUCCUCAAGAUAGAAGCCCCGAAGGCCCCAGUGGAGGCCAGCAGCGAGGUGAGCGAAGAUCAGCAGAAAAAUGGCACCGGCGACGCCGAGCAGGACCAGCAGAGCCAGGUGACGGCGACGGAGGCUGCGUCGGCGGGAGAAGACGACGACGAAAACAAAGAAAAUAAGACUGAAGAGGGAGCGAAUGAGCCACACACCACCAACGACACAACAGAGCAGACGACUAUCGACGGCGAAUUCGAAUCCGAAACGAAGAAACCCGACGAAGCAAACGAAGACUCUCCACAGAAGGAAGAACUAGUCGAAGAAGAGGAGGCAGUAGUGGAAGAACCUAGCCAUCCGAAAGUUUCGGAGGAAAAAUCUGAAGAGAACAAAGCCAGUGAAGAAGGACGCUCGCAAGAGAAAGACAUUGAUGAUGAUGAUUCAAGUACCGCGAAAGAAGACGAACUGAAGAAGGAAGAAAGUGCAGUAGUAGUCGAAGAAGCGGGAGUGAAAGGGGAGAAACGAGAGGUGGUCGAAGCUGAUGUGAAGGUGGAACACCUUAGCCAUGAGAAAACGGAGGAAACAUCAGAAGAUACCAAUGCAGUUGAAGAUGGAAGGUCAGAAGCCGAGGAAGACGUCGAAAGUAAAGCAAAUUCUGAAAAGGAUGAUCCAGGCACCUCGAAAGAAGAAUUCGAUGAAGAAGAAGUGAAAGAGAAGCAUUUAGAGGCAGUCGAAGUGCAAGAUUAUGCAAAUAUUCGACCGGAAGAAAAACUGGAAGAGACUGAUGAGAAUGAUGGCAAGCAAGAGGAAACGCCUCAAGAGAAAGAUAACAAUGGCGAAGAAGUACAUGACCAGGAAGACGGCCAACUGGAAGCUACUGGAGUUGAAAUACCAGAAGCCUCGACAGAGGUUGUCGACGAGGAAAGUAAGAGCACAGAAGAACGGAGAAAUGAAGAAGAGUCACUCGAGAAUAAAAAUGAAGCACAAACGGAAACAGCCACAGAGCUAACCGAAGUAGAAAGCGCUAAAGAUGCUCCAGAGAACGAUGAAAUUGAAAACGAACUGGAUGAGGGCGAGGAUGACGAACAGAGUGACAGUGAUGAACCUGUGUCGGUGAUGGAGGUGACGAGUAAGGCAGAAGAUGCUGCUGAUCAUCAAGAGCAAGAUGAUUUGUCUCUAGCCGAACAGGAAGCGGUUGAUCCCAAGGCAAUUUUUAGCGAAGAGCCAGCCGAGGACGAUGAGGCCGAGCAGAGGGAACUUCUAGAAGCGGCUGCCGCUAUGGGCAAACGAGAGGACGCCGAAGAAGAGAACGACCAACAACAGGAAGAGACGGAGGACGUGGAGAUUGCCGAAGAGGAUGAAGUGUCCGGCAAACUAGUGGACACCGAUGAUCCCAUGCUGGCCGAGCAAGAGCAGGAGGAAUAAAUCCGACUCCUGGAACUGCCUUAUUCAUCGUGUCCCAUGUCAUCACUCCCCGAUUUUUAGGAAAAUCCAAUAAACAAAAUCCACUACAUCUCUGUAUCUUGUACCGUGUAAGAAUACGUUAAGUGAACAACAAAGCAUUAAUAAGACCAGUUUUUUUUUUCUUAUGACAAACUCAUACCCACACAUAAACAAAAUCAUGUAACUUUAGAGAUGCUUAGGAUAAUUUUCAUCGAACUCUCUGGCUGGCGUAGGGCGCAACAACUGAUAAACAACGAGGAAAAGCGAAAAACCGAACCGAAACCGCAAUAGUAGCAAUAGGCUCAGGGUUGCUAUGUUUAAAGCAAUGAAGUUAGUUUUUGUGCACUGAAUUAGUUGUCCUUUUUGCGCGGUGUCGGAAAAUCUAUCUAUCUAAUAUGGGGAAAGAAGGAUGAGAAUUCACACAGAAAGAACCGUCCAUGCAUCUGGAGACCACCCCGAGAGAUGACGAAGCAAUUUUAUUUAAUGUUUAUUUAAGGACGCGUCGAACGCAACGAUAACAACGUUUGUCAUGGAAAGCUGUGCAAUCUCGUGUGGUGGAAAGCAGUGCAACGUAAUGUAGAGAAUCCCACUGAUCGAGAUGCAGUAAGCAGGAAUAUUUCACUGUAGCAUUAUGUUAUGCAAUGAUUUUUUUCUCCACACAAAGAUAUAUCUCGAGCAAUAAAAACAGU